AUGGAAAUGGACUCGGUAAUCGACGGGUUUCUCAAGUUUGAUCUGGAAUAUACGGAAAUAACGUACAAUAAUCCGUAUGGUCCCAAUCCUGCUGAUUAUCUUUCAAAUGUAUCACAUUUCCAGGUUAUUGAGUCAACAUUACGAGAAGGGGAGCAAUUUGCAAAUGCUUUUUUUCUGACGGACACAAAGAUAGCCAUUGCAAAGGCGCUCGACGACUUUGGUGUCGAUUAUAUUGAGUUGACAUCUCCUGUAGCCUCUGAGCAGUCUAGGAGAGACUGUGAGGCCAUAUGCAAGUUGGGUUUGAAAGCGAAAAUAUUGACCCAUAUACGGUGUCAUAUGGAUGAUGCACGAGUAGCAGUUGAGACGGGUGUGGAUGGUGUUGAUGUUGUUAUAGGAACAUCUCAGUUUUUGCGAGAGUAUUCGCACGGGAAGGAUAUGACACACAUCACCCAGAGUGCCCUAGAGGUGAUCGAGUAUGUGAAGUCUCAUGGAAUAGAGAUUCGUUUUUCUUCAGAGGAUUCGUUUCGGUCGGAGUUGACUGACUUGCUUAGCAUUUACCGGGCUGUAGACAAAGUCGGUGUAAAUCGUGUAGGUAUAGCAGAUACUGUUGGAUGUGCCAAUCCCCGGCAAGUUUAUGAGUUGGUAAGAACUUUAAAGGGUGUAGUGAGUUGUGAUAUCGAGUGUCAUUUCCACAAUGAUACUGGUUGUGCUAUUGCCAAUGCGUACACUGCUUUGGAAGGUGGAGCCAAGUUGAUCGAUGUGUCGGUAUUGGGCAUUGGCGAGAGAAACGGCAUUACUCCUUUGGGAGGACUAAUGGCUCGGAUGAUCGCAGCUGAUCGUGACUACGUCCUCUCCAAAUACAAGUUGCACAAGCUACGAGACAUUGAAACGCUUGUGGCCGAGUCUGUGAGAGUCAACAUCCCGUUCAACAACCCUGUGACUGGCUUUUGUGCUUUUACUCACAAGGCUGGAGUUCAUGCCAAGUCGAUUUUGGCUCCUCCUUCGGAGUACGAGAUAUUGAGUCCCUCGGACUUUGGUUUGACCAGGUACAUCCACUUUGCCAACCGGUUGACGGGUUGGAAUGCCAUCAAGUCACGAGUGGACCAAUUGAAUUUAGAUCUCAGUGACGAACAGUGCCAAGAAGUAACGAUGAAAAUCAAGAAACUCGGCGAUGUACGUCCCUUGAACAUCGACGAUGUGGAUUCCAUCAUCAAAGAUUUCCAUGCCAAUGUGACCACACCUGUUGUACGUCCCGUGGGAAUCAACAGUGAUACAGCUCCGCGAGUACCACAUAAUCUCGAGAGAUUGGAUGGGAAUGGCGUAGUAGCCCGGAAACUAUUGGGACGUCGUCGUUGA